CGGCUUCUCUGACUCUUCAUAGUUGUUUGCCACCUAAGGCCCGUUGCAAUUUAGUAUAUGAGAUUAGACUCCGACUCGUUUCCUCCAAGUAGUAGUAAGUACAUUUGGUGACUGAUGGAAAGUAAAUCGGCAGUAAACAAGCCAGACAUUAUGACAGAGUGGCCUUGUUGACGACAGUUGACAGUCGACGCGGCGUGCUGGAAGCUAUCUGGAUUUUCGCAGCACGACUUUUUUCAUCUUUUUUACAAACAGAUCUUCGAGUAUAGUCUGCUGAGUGAUUGGAGUACUAUCUGGUAUCUACCACCCAAUGAAUAAGAUUAUAAAGCUUUGUUGACACUCAGAUUGAUUUUCCUUCGAGUUUCCGCUCUUAGAACUGAUUCAUCCAACUCGAAAAAUUCGCUCCACCUCAUAGCGACCUAUUUUUCGUCAGAGUAGAUUUCACUUCACUUAUUGAACUGUCUCACGACUUUUUUUCGUAUCCCCUGAACGAUUUUUCUGGUACAACUAUACUAAGUAAGAGUAAGAAACAUCCUAUCCCUAUCCUCGUCGAAUGUGCUCAACUUUCUGUUUCUAAUUUUCCAACUCGAUCUUUCACUUUUAUUUUUUCUCAAGCUAAGCUAGCUUGAUUCUCACGAUAAUAAGGUUGGCAUUUUUUUCGUAGACCGAAGAUCUCGGGACCGCAAUUUUGAUCCGGUUCGCUGCCGCAGAUCGGUCUCAAGAAGAUGUUUUCGCCUGCUGUUCUAUCCCAGGGCAGCAUGCGUGGAGCAUGUCAAAGUUAAGGCUUUCCCUAAUUUUCCAUCUCCAGCAUUACCAGAGACGCAUACAUUUUGACGUAGGUGGCAAAAUGGAACUGUUUUGUUCCGCCAUUAGACUAGGAGAACUAAUCAAUGGGACACUGCGAAGGAAUUCAGGACAUCCUCCCUUUCCUCUUGUUGAAUUUACCACACUACGAGCUCUAAGAAAACAGUAGCCGGUUUGUGGCCGCUGGACCGAUGGCGGCCGCGUGCCAGCCGAAGGCCGUGCAAGUGCGUCAUUUUGCCUACAACGGUUAAGGCUUCUCCUAAUGUUCCAUCUUCAGAGGAGUCAUUCUAGAGAGUCUUUUUUUCAAGUGGAAAUAGAGCUCAGGAUGAUCUUCAGGAUGGGUUAGGGUGAGCUCUAAAACGUCCUCAAGCCGGAUUUCGAGACGUUCGACCACCCCUCUCUGGAAAAAAGCGAGUUCAUCAAGAAUAUUCGGAAAUUAAGGCAAUUUCAGGGGGCGAAUGAAGCUUUCUUAGUCGACAAAGAACUAGGUUUUGUCUGCUUAGCAUGGCAAGAUUAUAAUCAAAAUACUAGAAUCACACUACUACUAGAAUCAUACUACUAGUAGAUAGCACUAGAAUCAUGCUACUAGAAUCAUACCACUAGAAUUACGCUACUAGAUACUAGAAGGAUGAUACUACAAGGAUCACACUACUAGAAUCAUACUACUAUGAGAGCCUCAUUCAAUAUUACUAGGCUCAAACUACUUGGAUCAUACGACUAGGAUCAUACGAUACUACUAGACUCAUACUAGUAGGAUGAUGCUACCAGGAUGAUACUACUACAAUCUACUACUAGAAAAUAUACAAAACACGUUCAUUCUAGAGCACUAGUUGCAAAUUCCAAGCACCUAAAUCGAAAGAGAUGAACAUUGAUUCACUUGAAAUGAAAAUGAAUUAAUGGUUCAUAAAAAACCAUUUUUUCGAGGAUUGGGCGUUUCAAUUCGAAACUUGCAAGGUACUAGAACAAUACGACUAGAAUCAUGCUACUAGAACUAUACUACUAGAAUCAUACUACCAGAAUCAUACUACUAGGACCAUACUACCAGAAUUAUACUACUAGGAUCAAUUCAUGAUACUAGAAUCAUACUACCAGAAUCAUACUACUAGGACCAUACUACCAGAAUUAUACUACUAGGACCAUACUACCAGAAUCAUACUACUAGGUGCAUACUGCUAGGGUCAUGCCCCUACUAGAAUCACACUGCUAGAGUCAUCAUUCCAGUAGAAUCAUACUAGUGGUAGAACCAUACUAGUAGUAGAAUCAUACUACUAGAAGUUACUACUAGUUUCGAACUCCAAUUAUCUAAAGUGAAAGAGAUGAACAUUGAUUCACUUGAAAUUGAAAUGAAUUAAUGGUUCAUAAAAAAUCAUUUUUUCGAGGAUUCGGCGUUUCAGUUCGAAACUAAAGAUUAUCAUCAGGAGUCCAUCCUCCUUGUGACAGACUCACGAUCCCCAGUGUCUUAGGCUAGGUAAAAACUUCGUCGUCCCUUCAAAUUCGGACGAUGAGAAACUAACCCAUUAGUAUGCUAGUGGUGCUAUGGUGUUUUAUGCAUGCAUCCCUUGACAACGACACGGUACCAUAGUUAGCAUGUGUACGAUGGAUGCAUGAGUGAAUAAAUGAAUGAGUAUGCUAAGGGCAUUAGAAGGUUAUUGUUUAGUGUCCGGAAUAGUACAUGUAAGACUAUGUGAGACUCGUGCCAUGCCAUAGAAGGUUGAGGUAAUGCCAUGUAUUCCAGAUUCCUAGCAGGCUGCUACAGGAAUGAAAAAGUGUCACCCGCUCCCUCAUGUCUAAAAGGAAUCAACAGAGUUUCUGUUGGUAUUUUCCCCUCCCCUCAACUGAUGCUGUAAUUACCCCGAGAAUGGGUAAACGACUACUACUACGAAGUUCUACAGCGACUAGGUUAUGCCGUGGUUAAUAAAGUGAUUACUCCCAACGCUAAUGCAGCCAGUGGGGCUCUAUACGGAGACGCUGGACCAGAUUAAGCGCGAGGUGGCUGAGCUCGGUUCCCUGGAUUCGCACAAAGAGCAGGCAGGACUCGACUCGGUGCUGUCCAAAGGAGAGAAAGACGCUUACCUUGUACAACUCUAAACCUGACCGUAACAAUAUCAACUCAACAAUGUGGUUAUCGUGUACAGCUUUAGAUAACCUAGCCUAACCUUUUCAUGACCUCAAUAACAUAGUUAUCGUGUACAGCUUUGGAUAAUGAUUGGUAGCCCCUCUGUGGCUGCACAUAUUCGCUCGAGGAUACAGGUCAAACAGUGGACGGCGAGCCACCUCCUAUCCUAUCCUAGAUAUUAACCUAAGCUAACCUGCCUCUUACUUAACCUGACCUACCCCGCCGUCUGCUCUAGCCUCACUUCAUAGCCUGAACCCUAAGCCUCGUGUAACCUAGUGCUAAUCUAAACAACCGCGUUUUAGUGAUUUGAUCAUGCAUGCUAAGUCUAAGUAGAUGUAGAAAGGCAACAUGAUUGUGUGUGCAAGUUAGGCAGAGUAAUGCUUGAAGCAUGACCCUAUGUAAGAUCUUGCAUUCGAUAUUUAAUUACAGGAGUUCCUGAGAUAGAUCUUGAACAAUUAUCUUCAUUCUCGAUUCAACUGCACAGCACGCUUUAUUAUCCAACGUACUGUUUUCGAAAGCAGUGCACACGCAUUUCGACAAGAGUUGCUUUGGGCUCCCGCUCUUUGGUGCUGCUUGCUAUUCGCAUAUGUUAAGGCCGUUUGUGUACUACUAGAAAGGGCUUUGCUCAAUAAGAUGGAUGCUUACGGGAGAAAGUGGGUAGGUUCUUCAAGACCGAAGAAGAUCCUUCCUAGAUUAUUUGACCCCUUCCUACCUUCCUAUGACUAAAAUAUUCAAUACGUGAGUACAUCCCUCUGGGUAUUUCAGGAUAGUAUUGAACCGAAGAAGACGAAGAAACCUUUGCAUUUGAUUAUUCAAACUUUAGCAAUGAAUUGUAUUCUACUUUCUCCACCGUGAGGAAAGACUGAGGAACUUGUACCUCAUGCUAGGUAAAUGAAUGAAUGAGUGAGUCCUUAACUCAAACUCUAAUCGUGUGGGCAGGAUUGGGCAACCAUAUCAUGGCGAAGCGAAACUGCGAUAUCAAACAAGCGCUGAAAAUCAUCACCUAUUAUCGGACACCGAUCAUCAGUGAAGAGUACUUUUUCUUUGCAGGGAGGAAAAUAAUUUAGAAUCCCGAUCUUGAUUCCUAGUUCCCGCUCCACCACGGCCACAAGUAUUAUUGAGAAUGAUUAUAGAAGAUGGCGCUUAAUUAGUUUUAGCAGUUAGCAGGAUACUUCAGGAUACUUGUUGAUAGUUACCCUUUUCUCCUUUCUAUCUUCCUCUGGUCUGUCUUUUUUCUGGUUAGGUCGACGGCUCCACUACAAUUAAAUAGAAGACGGCUCUACAAGUUGAUAGAAAAAGUAGUCAGCGGAACAAGUUGAAAGGAAGGUUGGAGUCACUCGAACAGAAGACAGUAAAUGGACGAAACUAGGAUCCUUUCUGGAUUCCCAAAUUUUUUGAGGUUGUUUCGUCUGGGGUAUACGCCGGAGCAGGUGCAUGAACUGAUUGCAAAGCAGUUUUUUAUGGCCUCUGCGUUUCCCUAGUCGAUCUAGAAUCUCGGAAAGCAUCCUCGUAGGCAUGUUUGCAACGACAAAAGCGCAUCAGGGUCAUGCUUUUGGAACUGUACUGACACAUUGAGCUGCAGCGUACUACUAGUGCGUUUACUUGUACUUGUACUAUGAAUACUCGGGCAAGGUAGACGUGUCAGGGCUAAAAAAUAAGUGCCUGUUGAGGAGAUCAUGUAUCUACCACAUGCAUCACCUAACCUAACCUGAGCUCUUCUAAGGGCUAUUUGCAGUACUGGUCUGGAAACGCGCUCGAUCCAAGCAAGAAAGACCCGCUAGUCUUCAAUCCGAUGGUCCGGACAUUUUACCCCACGGACUCUCAUAUUUUAAGAAAAGUUCCUAGUCCUAGAUGGUGACUCUCAUAUUUUAAGAAAAGUUCCUAGUCCUAGAUGGUGGAACUGAUUUUUUAUGAUGCAAUCAUAUAUCGAGCUGCGUGACACGUGUGCGGGUCAUCAGGAGGAUCACUAGGAGCAACAGAGGAGAGAGAAGAGCUCCUUAGUCUUCUAUGAAGCAACAACACUAGGUGUUGAGCAUAUUUGUUUCUUCUAAAAGUUGGCGCAGGGAGCACGGAUCUUGGCCGAGACACGGAGUUGCAAGCUGCAAAAUUGUACUGCAUGGGAGUUGAGGGUAUGGACGCACCCGUUACGGUGAUCAACACUGGCGAUACCGGAUUUUUCACCGACGGAGCGAUGUAAAUUUUUCAUAGAUUAUACACUUGAUACAAUUUUUGGCUAAUCCGCUUGAUACAAUUGGCUAAUCCGCUUGAUACAAUUGGCUAAUCCGCUUGAUACAAUUGGCUAAUCCGCUUGAUACAAUUGUCCAGCCAAAAAUAGCUAUUAUUUUGAAAUAAUGUAAAUGUGCAGGCACGCUUUGCAACACUUCGUGGAGGCCGCUGAGCGAGGGUACAAAAUGCCAGUCAUUUUUUCGAUCAACUCGAAUAAUGCUGCCAUUAGCGCGCGUUUGGAUUAUGGUCAAAGCUAUGGAGACUUGGGUGAUGCGGCGGUGGAGCGAAUCCAAAAAUUAUGUUGACAGUUUGUUGUUUUCUAUUAUGAUAAUACUUACUUGUCGAAGUGAACGAUAGAAAAAGUCAGAACCAUGCGGUCUAAUUUCUGAGUCUAUGUCAGUACUUUUAUCCCCUCAACGAGCGGGUUUUCGAUUAGAUGCAGAUGCUGAAAUGAAAAAGUAAAAUCGUCUCAGUAUGCAUAGAGUUUUUUCUGUCAUUUAGGAUCUACCAGAUUAUUUACCUUUACAGUUUAAGAGUUCAUCGUCCAACAAUUAACUAGGUGAGUACGCACUUCCGGGCGUGUAAGUAGGCAGUAGGACACGAAAAAAAUUCCUGAAGAAAGAGAUGCUAUGACAUGAUAUGACAUGAAGCUUACAAGAAAUAUCAGAUAGUUUGCGUAUUGGACGUCAAGCCGCUGAUUGCAGCGGCAAGGCGUGGAAUGCGGCAGUGUCUAAAGAUUAAGGCUGAAAAGAACCUGCCUCCACGUGAAUCAAUCCCGUGAAAUAUAUGCUAAGGAACAGUUAACCCGUGCCAGAGGCUCGGGCUGUACUGAGUCCUCCACAACUGUUUUGUCCCGCCGUUAGGCUAGUCGAACUAAUUGGGACACCAUGAGGGUUGGUUUGAGGAUUUUCUCGGGAUUACUUCACGGGCUUAGGGCUUAGCCCAGGUCUAAAGAGAGACGUUUCGAAAUGUGGGAUAAGCUUAUCGAUCCUGGCUAUACCACGUGGGCCCACGAUAUGAAGGGAGGAAUCGAAUCCAUGAAGAAGUUAUGUUUUGCAUACUAGAGCUACUUACACUUUCUUGGUCAGAAGUGUAUGUGUUUUUCAGCAUUCUAUUAGAGUCAGCAUUCUAUUAGAAUCAUACUAGUAGAAUCAUACUAGUAGAAUCAUACUAGUAGAAUCAUUAUAGUAGAAUCAUACUAGUAGAAUCAUUAUAGUAGAAUCAUACUACUAAAAGUUAGUACGAGUUUCGAACUUCAAUCAUCUAAGUUGAAAAAGAUGAACAUGGACUCACUUUGAUUUAAAUUGGAUUACUAGGCGAUAAAAAACCAUUUUUUCGAGGAUUGGGCGUUUCAAUCCGAAACCUCCAAGAUCCUAGAAUCAUACUGCUAGGAUCAUGCCACUACUAGAAUCAUACUGCUAGAGUCAUCAUUCCAGUAGAAUCAUACUAGUAGUAGAACCAAUCUAGUAGUAGAACCAUACUAGUAGUAGAAUCAUACUACUAGAAGUUACUGCUAGUUUCGAACUCCAAUCAUCUAAAUUGAAUGAGAUGAACAUCGACUCACUUGAAUUUAAAUUGAAUUACUAGGCGAUAAAAAGCCACUUUUUCGAGGAUUCGGCGUUUUAACGCGAACCUUGCAAGAUUUCAAUUCGAAGCUUGCAAGGUUCAAGCUGGAAACGUGCAGUCACCAGAUUAAUCACCAGAAUGAGCAUCGCCAUCACGCCUGUGUGUAAAGGUAGGGUUUUGGUGUGUCUGUUCCGCGUUUGCUUUGCUCUUCCCACUAAGGAGAGGCAAAACAAACGGUAGCAGAAACGCCGAAAGCCUACCCUUAAUCUGUCAAGCACUGCGAGGCUGUAUUGUCUAGUUCAACAACAGAGGGGAUGAGAACGCUCUGCGGCCGCGACCCCUAUCAGGAUCCAUCCUCUGGCGACUGUGGCUCAUGUUCCUGCAGGAGGAGGAUGAUUCUAACUACUUAGACCUACGCAUUUACAGGAUUUAGAUUCUGACUACAUGUUGUCUCCCUCCUCUUUGUUGAUUGCGAAACGUACUGUGCCCCUUUUGGUGGCCAGAAAACUUUUUUCUGAAAUCUCCAAAUCCAAAAUCCAAAUGCGCAGUUCUGUUUUUGGCUCUAAGCAAAGCAGCAGACCAAGUGAUGGAGACUGGCCGCCCGACUUAUGUUAUCUCGCGUUGGCCCUUCAGGCCAGGUGGUCACGCUUCGGACCAGAAUCCGGCAGCUGAGGACCAGCUCCUCGAUCAGUUCACCAAGUACUUAUUUCCCAAUUGUUCAGUAAAAACAGACUAACGUAAUUUUUCAGUAAAAACAGACUAAAAACGUUAGUCAAAGUUUCUAACUGUACUUGCUCUGUACAUCAUCGAUCAGUGUCAUCGCAUUUCAUCCCUUUCUAAAAAGCUUGAAAGACAUCAGGUACAAGGAUCUGCUGGUACAUCAGCUGUGUGCGGCCGCACCUGAGGGGUUCACGGGUGCGGAUCUGGUCGGGCGAAUGGAAAAAGCGGAGGAGGCUAUCAUGGGACAGACCUCGGUUGCCAUCCGCGGUUGCAAGGUUCUAACCCGCGACGAGUGCAAGGAGUUGUCGCAGCCGGGUAGUACCACUGUGCUCAAGAUUAAGGCUGUCUCCUCUGUGUAGUCUCACUCUAUUUCUUGAACGCGUCUAGAGGGUCUACAUGCGUCUAUAGGGUUGAAGUUACGCCACAAUUCUUUCAAACGAAUUAUCAAAUACCGUGUAAACCCUUAUAAGUGAAAGUAUACGGACGUGCCCCUGUCGUGUUUUAACAAUUUUGCGUUGCACUAGGCUGCAAAUGAACUCCUGAUACUAUCGAAAAUGGCUUUGGAGGGCGCCCAUCUAUGCCAGGCUUGCCAUCCAUCCGUGCAAUUCAAAACUUCAAGGGAAACCAAAUAGCCUACGAUAUGAAAAAUGUUGUGUCCUGUUCUAAGAAGAAGGAAAGCGGGCAAGCGAUCGAUCUUGAUGUUAACUACUUGCUGGGAAAAGGUCAGAGGAAGUUUGCCGGUAUGGGUAGUGAAAUCUUCUCUUAUGGCACGAUAGGAGUCGGUGAGGACAAAUAUGGUAUUUUUGGAAGAAUAUAUAUUUUUUCUAGUUAGAUAUGCUCGACCAACAAUAUAGAGAUAUCAUCUUCAUCUUUAUGGGUAUGCUCUUCGGCUCUUGUUUUGAUCUUUGGAUGUAUACGUAGCGACAAAGGUUUGUGCUAGCGAUUGCCUGACUCGAGACAUGGUUUUUUCUACCAUGUAAUUGAGUGUUGUUUUUCCAAGAAUCCAUUCGUUCAGCUAGUAAUGAUCAAGUACUUGGGUACCUCAAGUAGGUUUGGCGCUACCUGCUCGGCCCGCCGGUGGUGAAUCGUCCCGCCGGUAGUAAAUCGGACAACCGCAGGAAAUGCAUUGUCCCGCCGGUAGCCUAGUGUGGUCGUUUGGGGCGAACAAUGAUGACUUUGCCCUACCUAUUGUCUCUAAUGACAGACUAUGAUCAAUGAGCAGAUGAAGAUCGCUGACGAGGAGGGUCGAGCGUGCCGAUACGUGCAUCAGGAGAAUCACCACAAGGGUAAGCACGACACGCGUGGCGGCGUCUACGGCGAGUUGCAAGCUAUCGGCCCAGAGCAUUUAAGAUUUUCACAGAUUCAUCGUCUUCUUUGGCACGUUUUGUAGUAGCUUACAGGCUAUAAGAUACUAAUAUCUCUAAAGCAUGCCGACAAGUUCGUCGGCUUCAUGCCCCAGGAGGCGCAGGUUGUGCAAGUCGGCGCUGCAUACCGCUCCGUCCUGCCACCUGGAAAUCGUGUCUUCGUCAAAGGUGAGCAGUUUUUUUGGUCUUUGGCGGAGAUGUAAUCAUCAAGAUAUUACAGAUUCCAAACAUCAAUAAGUAAGAGUCAAAUUGUAUGCGGUUUAGCGCAGUGACGUUGAGCGUGUAGAAGAGCAAUGGUCUUUCCACAGAACUUUAUACAUAUAUUGCAAGUGAACACACGACUACAGGCCCGCAUACGAUUUUCAACGAGCACGCGCGUGACCAUAUCAAGUACGCUGCCUACCGUUACUGCGACUCUGGGGAGCACGCAAAUCACAUCUACCUCUUUUUAUGGUCGGCUUGUUUCCACCUCUCUCAGCAUCUCUGCGGUGCCCUCUUGCUCACAUAGACGAACGCAGGGGAAAAGGUUCCGAGAUUCAAGGAGAAACAAAACAAUUACAAUUGAUUUAAAGGGGAAAUCAACGAGAAACAAAGUGAUAGAUCAAGGUGUGAUAGCAACUCACUCCGCCAGUAAUAGAAGCGCAGUCUAAGCUUUGAUGGUGGCAGUCUCGCUUUUCGCGAGAAGGAGAAAGUGAUCGAUCCGGAGACAGGAGACGAGGUCGAUUAAGGCUUACCCUAAUCCAUCUUCUGAAGCACCUUAGACCUGUCCCGUAAGGGGGAAAUAGGUCCAAGAUGAAUCCCGCGAUGGAUUAGGGUGAGCUCUAAGUCGAACGCGAUUUGUUCUUAGCGCGUGUGGGUGAACAUCAUAACACCCCAGACUACAGUUAAGAGGCACGUCAAUCAAUCAAUCAAUCAAUCAAUCAAUCCAAGGCGGCUGAAAUGGAGAAAGUCAACUCAUGCGUACUGGAAUAAAUUCAUGUGUACGCUCUCUUCAAAAAAACGCAGCCGCUCCUUUAGGAUAUUUCACUCUCUCAAGACGUUUUUGUAAAAGAUUAGAAGAAUCUAAUAAGACAGCUUCGGUGGCGAGGCGAAUACGAUCAUGUGUUUGCCGAUCGAUAUGAAUAUUCUGUCGGCAUGCAUGCCCGAGAUGGUCCGGUACUUUUCCCUCGUCUGAGGCCGUAUUGAUGUCGGUAGUUUGUUGAUCAUGAAUGCUCACUGUUUGAGGUUGUGUGUGUGUGUUUCUUCAGAUGUUCAUCCAAAGCAAUAUAGUAGUAUCAAUCUAUUAGGUGCAAUUCAGCUCAGACGCAAAACAUCGUCAAAACAUCGUCAACAGAUUGCACGAUAUGGGCCGCAUGGUUAUCGGAGUGGGACCCACCAUGGCUUUCGGCCAGCUGCAUCCUUAAGGCUUCUCCUAUUCCAUCUCCGGAAGCAUCUUGGAGACGUUUUCAAGGGGAAAAUGGAUUCAGGAUGCGUCUCAGGAUGGAUAAGGGUGAGCUCCAACAUGCGCAGCUUCCUCUUCCCGAUGAAAAGAAGCAUGUCGGAGUUAACGACUUUUUCCGCGUCAAAAUCCCAGGAACGAAGCAGCCGCUCUCUUUAAGAAAGUAGUAGUAGUAGUAUUUGUAGACUCUGAAGUGUUUCUUUUGCCAAAAUCAGUUGCAGCUGGUAUGCCAGGAAAGCUGUCUUAUUUCAGUCUGCUAGUUUCUGCGUUAGAAAUAACUCUCGUGCUCGUCUUACACCAACGAACAAUUGCCGACUAGUGCCUGUAGGUACUUUUCUUUUCUUCAAUUUUUCGACUGGGAAGGCGUGUUGUAGUUGGUCUUCCUCACUACUUUUUCCAACCAGUGUUGGAUUGUCGCAAAUGGUCUCCUCUUUGUAGUUGUCUUUCCAACUAGUUUCUCUUUGUAGUGACACCCAGAAGUUGUCUUCUCUUUCCACCUUCGCAACUAGUGAAGCCUAGUAGUUUAGUCUACUUCCCCGCUAAUUUUUCGCAAGAAGUUGGUUGUGAUCGGAUGGGGUCCGGAUUGCCGCAUGAUUGCCAAGGUUUUGGCGCAGGAAAACCUCGACUGCGAAUUGAUGUUAUGUUGCUCGACUAUUUUUAAUCCAUAUGGACAUGCAGCUAAAAACACUUUACUCCAUAUGGUGUUUAACCUCGAAUUCGGUGGAGGGUGUAGAGGACUAAGCCCAUCUAUGUUUCAACAAACUACUCCAAGUUUGUAUUCACUGUGGGAACUAAAGCAAAUGCAGUAGGAUUGGGUACCAAGUAUUCGAACUCAAAAUAACCGAGUAGCUGACUGAAAUAUCCGAGUAUCUGAGAAGAUUACUUUCUCCUGGGAUAGUCGGUUAUUUCAGUUUUUCGAUUAAACGAAAAGGGUUCAAUCAUGGUCGAAAAGUUGAAACAGUCAUCCUAUGGAAAGUAAUGACUCACACACAUUACUACAUGCGCACAGCAUGCGGCUUCGUACAGAUGACGCUUAAUGCCAUCUUGUCGUCUAGAGUCUAAGCUUUACUCGUCUUCUUUAAAACAAGGUAGGUAAAAGAAACAACAAAGCUCUGAACGCGUGAAAGUAAACCCUUUGUUGUUUAUGCAACCCCCCACCCCUUCCCCUUUCAAAAAUUUUCCCCGAGACGCUACCUCGUAAGUGAAUGAAGGAAAAAUGGUUUACUCGUCUUCUAUGCAAUGAAUGGUUUAUUCGUCUUCUAAUGUAAGUGCUAAUACUCGUCUUCUAACAUACUAAAGCUACUCAUACAUCUGGGGAACAACUGACUUAUAAUUAUUAUUGUAUUCCAAUGUAACUGAUCUUAAGAGGGGAAUGCUAGGUUAAGAUGCCUUCUAAUGUAAGUGAUCAACUGGAACCGGCCGCCUAAUUCGCUGAUCGAAUACCUGGACAACCUGGCGCGCAAGGGGACUGAUACGGAAGUAAUGUGCGUGGAUCCGAAUCCGAACUCGGCACUGCUGGGCCCUAUCAUUGCACAGAUUCGCUACCAGAUCGGAUAUUUACGAAAAGAUGUAGACUUUAGAGAAUUGAUUGAUUGAUUGACUUCAGAGAACUGCACAGAUUCGCUACCAGAUGGAGUUGCUAGAGAAGCAGAUGCGGACUUAUUAGAGCGUCUAACAUUCGAGAUGAGAUAAUUAUAAUUAGAUUAGGUCGGUAGUUGUCUCACAUGUGUCCUCGGUUUCGAUGUUGUGAUACCUCAAAUUUUCGCCAUACUGCUAUUCGAGCGUCUAAAAUGACAGGUCUACCAAGGGAAAUCUCCCUCAACACACCUCUGCUCCUAUUCGUUCAGAUGUUAGUUCACUUUACGACCUACAAGCUAGUCCUCUCAUCAUUAUUAGAGCACGUGCCUUGGAUAUUGUUUAGUCUUCUAGAUAGUAUGUGUAGGACUAUGUGAGACUCAUGCCAUGCCAACGUAUCAAAGUUGAUAUCGAAAGGAAUCAAUAAGGUUUAUAUCGAAAGGAAUCAUCAAUAAGGAAUAGUGCCAUGCACUAUGCCUACGCAUCGUAGGCAGUCGAGUAGAGACUGCAACACGAAGCAAUUACAGGACAUGCACUAAGCCUAAGCCUACAAGCAGUACCACUACCUAGGUCUACUGCUUGGAUAUCUGAUCUCUUGGUUAGAUAUGUCUAUGAUCAUGUCUGGUGGAACAUAUUCGUAUUUGUUCCUACUUCCUAGUGCCCUUUACUACGCAUGUGCCCGACCUAAACUCACGAUGCCCUACGUUCUUCCAGCUACUAUGCCCUACGUACAUAAAGACCCUAAUUAGCUCUCCUUCUAGCUUGCUCUAGCACUAUUAUAGAUACCACUAGCACGCCUAAGACAUGCGAGUGACCUCUUCUUCUCGGAGUGACCUCUUCUUCUAAGACAUGCGAGUGACCUCUUCUUCUCGGAGUGUACGGUUGGCAAUGCGUACGUACCGUAUGGUUUGGGCGACACCUUGAUCCAGGAGAAAGAUAUUUACCGCACCCUAAAGGCGCGUGGAAUUAUCGAGGGUGUGCCGGAUCUGAGUCAGAUCAAACGGAAACUUAUGGCGCUCAAGGCCGAUAGAACUUAUAUAUAAGUUCGUGCAUAUAUUUUUUGGGCUUAUGCUCCUUUUUUACGCAUGAGGUAAGGCGUUCGUGCGAUCUUCAUUAUACAAGGUCGAUGAACAUGAACACACAACCAGUUGCAACCCCAUUCCUAUUGAAGGAAAUGCGGCGCAAGUGCAACGAGAGUUGCUUUUUUUUUUCCUUUCCCUUUUGGCGCCAUUAAUGUGGAUGCAACGCAUUAAUGUGGAUGCAACACAUAAUUUGUAGUAUUUGUAGCAUUUGUUUGACGUUGUGUUGGGAGAGUCCUCAAAUUGUGACUCAGUAAUUGUAUACCCCUAGACUGGGCACACUACUACGACUACUCCUAUAGAUGUAGGCAGAGGACUGAGAAUGAAAGGAUUCAAGUCCACGCAUGAGAAUUUUAGUCCUCUCGUCUAAGACGAAGAGCCAGCGGGCAACUUCGGGUGCCGCGCCAACACCAGCACCAGCGGCCUCGGCCGCUUCUCCGAUUAAGGCUUCAAACAAUACAAUGCAAUGAAUUUCGCACGACAAAGAUCUGUGCAGGCUGCUGCAGCCAGAGUGUUACUUUUGACGUAGGUAAUCCAAGUAGGCUCCUGAAGUGCGCCAAUUAAUUUACGUCAUUAUUGGGGUGGCCUCUAACUCAUGCGGUGCAGUGGAGACGGUCCUUGCGCCCAUGGAUGGCGAGGGGGUCUACGUCACCUUCAUCAAGAAUGUGGGCGAUACAGUGAAGGCGGACGAUGUUAUUGCCGAGGUACACUUUUUCUUGACAAUAAGUUGCUUAGAAGCUAGUUUCCUAGAACUUCUAUGUAAUAUUACAGCUUCUUAGGUAGUCGAGCAAGGACUGCAACACGAAGCGAAGACAUGACAGGGAGGACUAGUACUGAGCUAAAAGCUCAAGAUCAAUAGAGUAUGUAUGUAAUCUGCCCUUAUCAUUGGUAUAUAGACCAAUCCCUCCAGGGAUCCUGACAUGACAUGACCCUAUACCAAUACCAACCUUAUGUCACACACUACAGGUUGA